UCCACUGUCACUGUCACUUUUGCAUUUUAUUUAUGAAGAAAAAACUUCUUAAAAUAUAGUUUUGUCGCUAGUUAAUUGUGCUAAAUUAACAAUAAUAAACCAAAAUAAAUAUUUUUAUUCUAAGGCCACAAGAUUAGUGAAGAAUUACCAUUAUAUUAGAGGUUAUAUAAUUGAAGUGAAGAGGUUAUAUUGCAUGCCUUCUUUGCAACAUUUAAUAUAAAUUAUGAAUUAAAUUGCAAAAAAAAAGUGUUAAAAUCAUGUCGGAUACUAAAGAAAACACUGCCGAGGCAGAAGAAACACAAACCGAGACUUCAGAAGCCCCAAUUGAUAUAGAACCUGAAGAUAAGUGGCUGAUUCGUGACUGUGACCUAUAUAAGGAUGAAUACGACGAGUGCACCAGUUUUCGAGGACGGUUUCAUCAGUACUUCAUCUUCGGAGAGACCCUUGACUGCAACCAGUGGAAGCGGGAUUACGAUAACUGCUGUAAAUGGGUUGAUAACAAAGACAUUAAAGCAGCAGAAGCCGUAAUAAAAAGCGAAAGAUUGCGCCGGUUAAUAAGAUUAAGAGGUCACAUGAAAAACGAUACAUGGAAGAAAAGAGAAUCACCUCCAUCAGAUUGGGACAGACCGUUGCCAGAAUGGAUGGUCAAGAGAGACGAGAACACCUACCUCGCACAGAAAGCGAAAGAGAUGAGAGAAGGCACAGAAGAAGCAGAAAAGGGAGGAUUCUGUAGUAUAAUGUGAUAAUUGUUAAUAACAAUAAAUUAGGUAAAUUAUGUAAAAGAACUUGUUCAUUC